AUGUGCAGCCGGAUCAUUGAUCAUAAAGGAACAUGUGGGAUAGCAGGAUUUCUAAGGAAUGAGGAAGCUUGUACUGAAUACGACUCUUUUCAACUCGGCGGAGUGUGGUUCUACAACUCUCGCAAUCUUCCUUCUCAUCUUCCGGUCGCCAAUCCAAAUCCCAAUAGCAGCAACCCUUCUCGCAUUUCUUCUCUCUCUGACGUGAUUUCUUCUUCUUCCAACUUGAGGAGGCUUUUCUCAUCCGAAAGCAAUUCGCCCCAUGGAAACCUUAGUUUUAACCCUGACCCCCUUCCAGAAGAAACUAGCUUGCAGCCCCAAACCCAGAAAAAGAGGGAUGUCUCUGUGGAUGUUCAAGACGUCAGCAACAAAGAGCUGAAAAUACGUAUUGAAAAGUACUUUAAAAAAGGUGAUGAAGAGGCACUCCCAUCCAUUCUUGAAGCAAUAAUCCAACGAAAGUUAGCAGGAAAGCACGAGGAAACCGAUGAUGAGCUGAUAGAAGAACUUAGUAGCAAGCCGGUGGACAAUGUUAAAGACGAUGAGUUUGAAUCUGAUUUUGAGGAGUUGUACGAGACUGAUGAAGAUAUUGAUGAUUUGUAUAAUGCAACGGAUAUUGUGAAGAAGAGGAUGGUUAAAGAUGAAUUCUUUCACAUGGACAACAAGAAGUGGGGAGAUAUGAUUAAUGAGGCAAUGAAUCAUGGAUUUCUUAACGACACCAGGAAAUGA